UAAAGUGGUGAGGGAGGAAGCCAUGCAGGUAUCUGGGGAAAAAGAACCAGGUGUGGGGAGCCUCCAGUGCAAAGGCCCUGAGGUAGGACUGAACCUGAUCUUUUAGGCAUCUGGGAGGAGAAGGCAGAUGGGGCAGGAGGGGAGUGAGCAAAGAGCCAGUGGAGGUCAAAACUAGAGAAAAAUAGCAUCAUGCCCUGAAUAUUUUGAUGAAGAAUAGUUCUCUAAAUGAAUUGGGAGUGAAUGGGUGCAUUAAGGGGAGAAGUUUCAGCAACAUGGCCAUCCCAUCAUGCAAGCUCAGCCUCUGGGGAGUAAAGCGGCACCAGGGAUGCACGCGUGCCUCUGUCCUGCAGAGCUGUCUGUGAAGCCCACAGAGACCCAGGUCACCCUCAGCAGCCUGCAGGCUGGUGCAUCCUAUAUUGUGCAGGUGUGUGCAGAAGUGGUGAUGCAGUGGGGCGCCUGGAGUCAGCCCCAGCACUUUAGCAUCGAAGUCCAGGUCUCUGAGUUGUCGGAUUUGUCCAUAUUCCUAGUGUGUCUGGGGAGCUUUGUGAGCAUCCUUCUCCUGGGCAUCUGUGGGUACUUCAGCCUGAACAGGGCUGCACGGCACCUGUGGCCGCCCCUGCCCACACCCUGUGCCAGCAGCGCGGUCGACCUCCCUGGCAGCCAGGGGAAGCAGGUGUGGUGGUGGACCAGCCCAGUGGACUUCACGGAGAAGGCAACACCAGAAGAUAUCCUGGUGGUGAACAUGUCCUGGGACAAAAGUGAGAGGGCUGACCUGGACACCCCCGGGCCUCUCACAGAGAAGACACAGCUGCCUCAGGGCACCCCUCAGCCAGCCCUGGACACGGAGCUGCCCUUGGAGGAUGUGACACAGAUGCAUGGACACCCCACGGCCAGGGCUCUGGAGCCUGGUGGGCAGGAUGGUCUGGAGGGCAGCCCUGCGCAGGUGGCUGGACUCCCACUGCUGCUCGGAGAUCUAAUGCAGAGCCCCAGGUUUAGUGGCCCCCAGCACCUGGAGGCCUGA